UUGCAGUUCCUAAAUUCAACAUGUUAUCGCUACGAAUGCGUAUUCUGCUGCCAAGGCUAAUUCCCUUCAGAUAUUACAGCAAAAGUACCGGCGGAUGUUCCGAAAUUCCCGAGCAUGUUAUGGAAGAAAUGGAAGAGGGAUUUAAAAAUUUGUGUUACUCAGAUUCGAAAUCGUUGUUGAAAAAGCAUUUAACCCGUGAAAUAUUUGACAAACUGAAGGAGAAGACAACACCCACAUAUAAAUCCACGUUAUUGGACUGCAUAAGAUCGGGACUGUGCAAUUUCAAUUCCCAUGUCGGAAUAUAUGCGCCCGAUCCGGAGGCGUACACAACAUUUGCGGAUAUUUUUGAUCCCAUUAUUGAGGAAUACCAUGGUUUCAAAAAUACAGAUAAACAUCCCGCCAGCUGCUUUGGUUACGGUGCCGAUUUCCCUGAUCUUGAUCCGGAACGAAAAUAUAUAAUAUCGACUCGUGUUCGAUGCGGACGAUCCGUUAAGAACUUUCCGUUCAAUCCGCGCUUAACGCAAUGUGAUUACGCCCAAUUGCAGACAAUAAUCUCGAAGGCAUUGGGAAAUCUUUGCAGGGAACAUUCCGGAAAGUAUUAUCCACUCUGCCAGAUGGAUGCUAAGACCAAGGAAGAGUUAAUUUCCAAACAUUAUCUGUUCAAGGAGGACGAUCCCUUUUUGGAUGAGGCGAACGCCUUACGCUUCUGGCCCUUGGGGCGUGGCAUAUUCCUCAACCGGGCUAGGACCUUUAUUGUCUGGUUGAAUGAGGAGGAUCAUAUACGAGUCAUUGCCAUGGAGAAAGGCGGCAACUUGGGACGCGUCUAUGAGCGUAUGAUUAUUGGUGUGGAAUCCCUGGCCCAUCAAAUGCAGUUCAAUCAAGAUGCUCGCCUCGGUUACUUGACCUUCUGUCCCACAAAUCUGGGCACCUCGAUACGCGCCUCCGUCCACAUGAAGCUGCCCAGUGUGGGCAACGAUCGGACAACACUGGAGGAAGUGGCCGGAAAGUACAAUUUACAGGUGCGUGGAACUCGCGGGGAGCACACGGAGGCCGAGGGCGGAGUCUACGAUAUCUCGAACCAACGACGAAUGGGACUCACGGAAUACGAGACCAUUAGCGAAAUGUACAAGGGAAUUCAGGCACUGAUCAAUGCCGAGUGCGAAAAGAGCAGGGAAAAGGAGCGAAAGGCAAAGAAUAAAGCCAAGAAUAGUCCACCAGUCAGUAAGGAAGAUCAGAAGAAAGCUGGCCAGUCGCAACUGGAUGAACACCGGAAAGCCAUGGCUAAGAAAUGUGAAAGGCCAAAAGAUCAGAAGAAAGCUAAACAGUGUGAAAAGAAACCUACAGAUCAGAAGAAAGAUAACAAAUGUGAAAAGAAACCAACAGAUCAGAACAAAGAUAACAAAUCCGAUUCUAACAAAUCUGAUAAGAAAAAGAAGUGAUUUGAAUAGUAUUUAAAAACGAAGUAUUAUGGAAAGCAACGAUAAACAUAUAUCUAAAUUGUUAUCGGUACUAUCGUCAAAAAUUUAAUGUUUAUCACCUUUCCAUUAGUUUAAAAUUUAAGGGCAACAAAAACAAAAUAAAUCCAGAAUAAUAGGUUCACAAGAUUGGUAAUUAAAGAAAUAUUAGAAAUAUAAAUUAUCUUAUAAAUGUUAACGAUACUAUCGGCUGUAUUGUUCUUUUGCCAACUAUAGAUGUAUCGUAUAACUAGUUUAUAUAGCAUUUUUAAUUUAUUAAAGCUAUAGAAACGAAA